AUGGCAGAGGAGGCCAGGGAGGCUGAGAUUGAACACCCGCGCGGAAUCAAAAGAUACUGCCACAAUCAACCAUACACAUUUUUCCACGAAGGACACUUCCGAGAACGAUUGCAACAAGGAACGUGGCCUAACUACUUACUCUUUGCAUUCUUAGCAUCUGCUCUGCGUUACUCAACAGACCCAUGGUUUGAGGGGAAGCAUAGUGAUGCCCUAGAAGAAUAUGCGGCGGCUUCGUGGAGGCUGAUUGUCGGUUGCGGCUGUGCUGUCGAAGAGGGCGCUGACACGGCGGUCGUGCAAGCCAUCUCACUUCUAGCCGUCAUCGAUUCUGCCGCUGGGAGAAGACGGGCGGCAUGGGUCAAGAUCGGUUUGGCGGUUCGAAUCAGUCAAGACCUCCACCUGAUGAUGGACCCAGCUACCAGUCUGCCGGAGACGGAACGAGAGGAGCGCCGACGAUUGUUUUGGUCGAUUUACCUUCUGGACCGAUUUGUUUCGUGCUCAAAACAGCGGCCUCCGGCCAUCCUAGACUCGGACUGUCAAGUACAACUCCCUUGUGACGAGCUCGAUUUCCGUCAAGGCAUCGCGCAGAAGACCGAGACGCUCACAAAUCUGGGCACGGGGGCUAGCAGUGGUCAUCCGGCGUAUAGACCAGGACAGUUUGCACUCCUUGUGCUCAUGGCUUGCGUCCUGAGUCGAUGUGCGAGGUACAUGCUUGACAACCGCGAUUUUGCAGAGGAGCGAGCUCCGUUCAAUCCACAAUCGGACUAUGUGACCAUAUCGUCGAUUCUUCUCUACUACGAAUCAUUCAUCGAUUCUGGCAGGGCGGUGGAAGAGAUCGUCCGACUCGGUAUGCUCAAACAAGACGGCGUGGUUGACCAGCAGAUGGUCGGACAUAUGAUCCUGGCACGGGUCCUAUUUCACCUGUGCCACUGCUUACUGAAUCAUCCAUUUCUCCUCCGGCAGCGGGUGAAUGCGACACAAGAAAGGACGCCGACAACUUGGUUGGCGAGGUCGCUGGAGGUGGGACUCGAGCAUGCCGGGCGCUUGACGAGAGUCUUUCGGGACGCAAAGGACACGGGCUGUACCGUGGCAACCUCAUUCUACGGAUAUUGCCUGCUUGUGGCGGGCACGAUUCACGCUCUAUACACGCACUCGCAGGAUCCGGAGCUGCAGCAAGAAUCCAUGGGCUAUUUGAUCUCCGACAUUGCCUAUCUGGACGAUAUUGCACGAUACUGGACGAACACGAAACUGAUCGCAUCCGGACUCAGAACGUUCUGGGGCCACAGCGCCAGGUUCAGCAGCCUUCUGGACCCCCAACCUUCGCCGUCGACGUUCAGUGUCCUAGAUCUCGAGAUCCUGUGGACGUCGGUCGACUACGGAAUCAUGUCCGACCCCGACAAGUCCCUGUCGCAGAGCGUCUGCGCCUCGGACGCGUCGCCGCUCGGAUGGGGCAUGUCGCCGUGGAAAGACGACAACGACCUCGUCGACCACAUCUCGGACGCCGACGACAACCCGUUCCUGCACAGUUUGGCCAUCGUGAACACCCCGCUUCCCCACGCCACUGGGACCCGGACGCCCGGACAACAUCGCAUGUCGCUCAGCAGUAUCCAGCCGUUUCUGCAGCUCAACUCGGUCUUUGGGACACCCAAUUUUGGAUUGGACUCCCCCAAAGUAAGUCAACCUGCGAUAAAUAUUGAAACCGACACCGCAUUGGCCUUUGGGCCGACGCGGGCACGGUCUUUAUCGUGA